UGUUUUGGCUCUCCUCCCUGCCAUUCUAAUUACAUGUUAACGCUCCAUUUGGAACACUGUACUUUAGCUCGCUCUACGUUCGAUUUGAGAAAGAGAUAAAUAAUAAAACUUUUAGAGAAGCAGCAAGAAGAAAUAUAAAAUGUCUUAAAAAAGUAUAGAAAAAACAUGAAAUUAUGAAAGUUAAUCAAAAUUUGAUUGACAUUGUCAAGUGGGAGAAUUCUGAAUACUACCAGAUAUUUUGUUCUCUUUGUCAUAUUCAAUUUUUGAGUAUGGCUGCGGCUUUUACGGAAAACGAUAAUUUGUUGAGCCACCUUGGACGCCAGAUGAGUAUUUACAGUCCAGAAACUAAUGAUGAACUAUGGAGGGAAUGUGCAGCAUGGUUUACAAGAUGGGGAAUAUUGCGAAAUGAUCAUAAAGCUAACUGGCCUACAGCAGGCAUUGCUGACCUAGCAAAUAUUCUUCGUGAUGGGGUACUUCUCUGUAAAUUGCUCAAUAAAAUAGAUCCGGGAUGUAUCGAUAUGAAAGAUGUAAGCCUCAAGCCUACUUUGGCUCAGUUUUUAUGCCUGAGAAAUAUUGGGAUAUUUUUGAAAGCGUGUGUAGACCACUUUGGAUUGAAACAAUCUGAUUUAUUUGAGGAUACAAUGCUUUUCGACCUCACUAACUUCCAUAAAGUUUUGUGUACUUUAUCGAAACUUUCCCUAAGUUCGAAAGUUCUUAAAUCUAGAAUCCCGGGGUUCACAGCACAACGAAUGAAGAGAGAAGAAGAAAUGAUUUACCAAAGCCUUAAGAGUGUUCAACUGCCAGUAAAAGCAAGAGGAUUAGUUGAUCAAGGUUGUGCUUUUGAUGUAACCGAAGAAGAAAUUUAUCAAGAUUUAUUCCCAGCUUGUACAUCAGUAGAGCAACCUCCAACUGUUGAAAAACGGGAUUUUGUUAUCAAGGAAUUGUUGGACACCGAAAAAAACUAUGUUGAUGUUCUCACAAAAUUGAAAAAGAAUUUCAUGAAACCGUUGCUAAGUGUUAUGAACAUUGAAAAUCAUAACACCGUGUUCUUUAAAAUAAAGGAGUUGAAAGAUAUCCAUUCCGAUUUCUUGAAGGAGUUAUUAGGAGUACGUACCAAUCCUUCAGUAAAACUCAGUAAUAUUUUCAUGAGGUGGAGAGAAAAAUUCUUAGUGUAUGGUAUGUACUGUGCUAAUCUCUCGAAAGCGACAUCAGUAUUGCAAGAGCUAUGUGAUAAUGAUGAAAUCUUCAAUCAGACGAUUAUCAAAUAUGAAAAAGAAGAUAAUAAUGGUAGAUUCAAAUUGAGGGAUGUUUUGUCAGUGCCCAUGCAAAGGAUUUUGAAAUAUCAUUUACUUCUUGACAAACUGAUUGAAAAUACUGAUCCUAACCAUGAAGAACUCAAUGAGUUGAAGAGAGCAAGAGAAGCCAUGCUGGAUGUUGCAGGUUAUAUAAACGAGGCUGCCAGAGAUAGUGACGAUCUAGAAGUUAUCAAUAAUUUACAAGAAACAAUAACAGAAUGGAAUUUAUCUUCAAAUCAAAGGCUCUCUGAUUAUGGUCGAUUAGUUAUAGAUGCUAGCCUGAAAAUAAAAGCUCACGAUGAUCAGAAAACAAGAAGCAGAUACGUCUUUAUUUUUGAUAAAUGCAUAUUGAUUUGUAAAGAGCUGAAGGUUAGACGAAAAUACAAGAUUACUAUGGCCAUUUCGUCAGUUGAAGGCUGUGACCAUUAGAAAGUUUGACGCAUGGGAAGCAUGUCAGACCAGUAUUAGAGAAGAUGAGUAUGUAAUAGUAAUAGGUAAAGAAGGUUAUAAAGAAGGUUGGUGGAAAAUCAGGAAAGUAAAUAAUGAGACGGGAUAUGUCCCCCUUAGUUCACUAAGGGUAGAAGGAGAAAUGAGGUUUGAAUAUUCAGGAUAUAUAGUCAAGAUAUGAUUGAAACGCAAUAAAGAGACGUACUCAUGACAUUUCUGUGUAAAUAUAGUAGUUAUUGAUUUUUUA